GGGUACUUACGAAAAUGUUCGCAGCCGCGCACAUGACUUUAAAGUUGCUAGGUAAAGUAUAUAAAUGCUAAGUAUGGACUCGAAAAAGCCAGUUCUAUCCCGGCAUCUGUGGAAGUACAACGUCAACAUGCAACGCAUCACUCUGUUUGUGUUCGCAGCCAUCGUGGCCAUGGCUAUGGCAGAAGGCCAGUACUAUGUUCCUCGUGCGUACUACGUAAUAGAUGCUGAGGGUCACGCGUCUGCCCCGGUGCCCCUGCGCAGGCUACGUCGUUCCCUGAACCCCUACCCGUACCCCUACAAUGGCGGUAGCAGUGCUAAUGCAAACGCAAACGCUCGCGCUGACUCUAAUGGCUCGGGAGCUAACGCUAAUGCCAAUGCGAACGCUGACGCUCGCGCCAGUAGUGGAUGGCAAUUACCUACCUGGGCUUACGGCUCUGGAAAUCCCAACGCUCUCAGCGCUGGAAAAACUCGACGGCAGUAUGGUCCUAUAUUGAGCGGACGCUCAGUCAGUGCUAGCUCGUCUGUAGGUCUCGAUUCAUCUGGCAAAGGAUAUUAUGACCAGUAUGCGUCUGUUACCAACUAAAGGAAUACUUUGUAAUACAUUAUUUUAGGGUUCCUAAGACAACUGUGACUGUGCCGUUUAAAAGUUCGUAUCUUUAUGUACAUUGUUUUUAUCAAUAAUUUAUGAUUAAUUAUCUGUUAUAAAUAUAAACUCUGGAUGGAUGUUAUUUAGUGAUUAAAUAAUACAAAAAAUA